AUGGCCGUGCGCGUGCUGACUCGGGCCAUGACCAUGCGGCGUUUGCAGUCUCCAUGGAUUCGUGCACUAUCUACGGAUGUGCACGCUCCUCUUUCUCUUUCUGCUGCUGUCUCGGAGACGACGGACGCUGGAAAGAGCUCGGACGGGGACAUGGGUACACUUGCGAGUGUACCCAUCGCGCAGGCGACGGAGACACAUCGGCUGAAGUUCUUUGCGUUUGCAAAGGAGCAGCUGGACGAGCUCUUUCCAGAAGGUGUUGGUCGCCGCAUGGAGUAUACGUUUGACCUCGUGGGCCAUCGCCACAUCAUGUUGCGGGACACGACGUUGCAAAUUUUAUCAAUGAUGAAAGACUGGGAGACGGCCAAGGAUAGUGGCUCUGCUGGCGCGUUUUUGAUUGAUGGUGAGCGCGGUACAGGCAAGAGCUUUGCGCUGCACCAGAUUGUGCAAUUUGCACGCGAGAGCAAAUGGAUUGUGCUCUACAUUCCAAACCCGCGAUCGUGGUGCCACGAGGCUCCGUAUGUGAUGCAGUCGCCGUAUCAGGAGGGAAAGUUCGAUAUUGACGUCUACGGCGUAGACCUGCUGCAGAAUUUUUUGCACUGCCACGGAGAGCAGCUGCGGUCGAUUCCGCUGCGUGGUGAGUACAAGGAUCGCUACUACAGCACGGACAAGUACGAGGCCAAGCCGAAGAAUACCGCUGAUCUCGAGGGUACUUCCCUAACGUUGCGCGAUUUGGUUAUCUGUGGUGUUCGCGACGAAGAGCUGGCAUGCCAAGCUGUGUGCGAUUUGAAAGACGAACUGGCGCAAACUGUGGAGUUUCCGGUGCUGAUUGCCAUUGAUGACUACAACACGUGGUUCCAACCGACUGUUUUCGGCCACGAAGGCAAGGACGUAGCAGCUGAUGACAUCUCGGUGAUCGCUGCUCUGAAGGACAUUGGUGCCAAGGGCUAUGACGAGACGCGCAAGCUGAAGAACGGUCUGUUUGUGGCUGCCACGACAGAGAACUUUCCGACGAAGGUUCACUUUAAGCAGCAGGUGGACUACCGCAAGAUCCGCGCUACCAUGCGCACGUACUCACCAGAAGAGCUUGUUGCCGUCAUCACGUACUACAACCAGAUGGGGUUCAUGUUCGAGAACCCCUCGGACUCUGGACUGGCGUAUUUCCGGCUGAUGACCAAGUCGCUUCCACUCCACGUGUUCGACCGCGCGUCCAUUUCUUAG